AUGGCUGAGAACAAUAUAAAAAUGACCCUCAGUCCCCGGCAGACCUUAGAUGGUCAGAGGGUGCGAAGAAUCUCCGGGUCAGCCAUGACGAUUGCUACGUGGAACGUCAAGAGUAUAUACUGCACAUAUAAAAUGGUGAAUAUAGAACGGGAGAUGCUAAGACUUAAGAUAAAUAUCCUUGGAGUGAGCGAGUCUAGGCACCAGGGAACUGGAAUCUUGGUACGGGAUGACACAGUAGUAUAUUAUAGCGGUAAUAAUGAUAAAAAUCACUACAACGGUGUGGCCGUCAUCAUCAGCAGACAUUUACAUCAUCAGGUCCACAGUUUCCUGCCAAUAUCGGACAGAGUUUUAGUUUUAGAGUUAAAAGCAAAACCCAGAAAUAUUCAAAUAGUCCAGGUGUAUGCACCUACUGCCAAUGCUACCGAUGAGGAUAAUGAACUCUUUUAUGAACAAGUAGAAACCGCUCUUAAAUAUCCUAAUCCACAUAACAUUAUCCUCGUCCAAGGUGAUUUUAAUGCAAAAAUCGGGGAGGGCAAAGUCUCUGACAUCGUUGGUUCAUUCGGACUGGGAAAAAGAAACGAUCGCGGUGACCGCUUUUUACAAUUCUGCGAAGAACACGGGCUUAUAAUUUCAAACACCCACUUUAAGCAACCUCCAAGAAGAUUGUAUACGUGGUCGUCACCAUUACAUUCGCUGAAGAAGAUCGUCCGUAAUCAAAUAGAUUACAUACUUAUAAACAGAAGAUAUCGCAACAGUUUGACAUCAGUCAAAACCUACCCAGGCGCCGAUAUUGGUACUGAUCACAAUCCGGUUGUUGCAUCCGUCCGCUGUAAUAUGAAAAUUCUAAAACCUAGAUCAAAAAGACAAUAA